AUGAAAAAGGCAAAUGAGAAUCAAUGUUGGUGGAUGGCUCGCAAGAACGAUAUGAGCUUGACACAACUUCAACAACUGAAGGCCUCUCUCGAUGAACUAAAGAAGAAUGUUGCUAAGCAAGCUGAGAAGAUUGUGAUUCAUACCCAAAAUAAUCAUCAUCCUCAUCCUCAUCCUCAUCAUCAUCAUCCUAACCAUCCUUUUUUUCUGGGAAGUUCUUCCGGUGGAGUAGGUCUUCCUUUUGAGACAAAGCCUGCUGGAUUCAGUUCUAGCAUUGUUCCAUUCAACAAUCCGAACAUGAUACCUCCACAGUAUCAUGGAUUUGGCCAAGGAUUCUUCUAA